CAUUUUAUUAUGCAUCACCUGCCAUUAUCUCCUCGUGCAUAAGUGAUGGAUAAUUGUAUCCAAUGAUCGAUUUUUCUGAAUGAUUAACGAGGUCUAUGUCGCCCUCAUGAAUGCAUUGAUAACCAUCAGUCACAUCAGCCGAAACUGCUCCGGGAAAAAUCAGUCCUUCAACAUCGUCAACGAAGACAUUUAUUUCCUUGACUUCAGACAUGACCACGAGAAAACGUUUCUCCCUGAAUGAAUACUAUUCUGACUUCAACCUGAAAUGGCUCGUGUAUUUUGAAAAUAUUUACACUUGUGAAGGCAUGUGGAACCGACACGACGACGACAGCAGGAAGUGGCUCUAUUACUGCUGCUACUCCAGCGUAAGUAUAUUCGUCAUAUUCGUGGUGAGGACGAUGGGGUGUGUCCAUCGAGUUUGGCUGACGAAGGAGGACUUCAUGGCGUGCACCAUGUCCUCGUCGUUUGCUGCUGGAUAUCUCUGCACAAUCAUGAAGAACAUCAACCUCAUCAUGAGGCGGUCGGAUAUUGUGUUCAUUUUGGAGACAUUCAAUUGGGAGAGGAAUAUCUCAUGUACACGAGAAAUCGCAACUCAUCGAAAUAGGUGUGUAACAGGUGCAAUAAAAACGACUAAAAAAUUUACGUUCAUAUGGGCGAUCAUCGUCACCCUCUACAACGUAUUUUUCUUCUACUCUUCAUUGGUGGAAAACGGUUGGUCAAUUGAUGCUCUACCGAUCAGCGACACACCGUUGAAGAGAAUAGCCAGAGGUCACAAUUUUUGGAUCGUUCUCACCCUUGACUUCAUCACAUGGUCUGCAUUCACGUACACCAUUCUGGCCCAUGACAGCCUCUUCUUGAGUCUGAUGAUCCAGACCUCCGCGCAAUUGAAUAUUCUCAACCAUCGUCUGAAAAAUUGUGCCAACGACCGCGCAGUGAGGUAUGGAGAGGACACACCAGAUGCCGAUGUAAUCCAGUUCGACUGCUGCGAAAUAAAUAUCAAGACUGAGAGUCUCGAUCCUAAUGAGGAGCUGAUCAAGUGCAUUCAACAUUAUCAGCAGAUAUUCCAGAUUGUAAAGACGUUGCAAAGUGUUUUUGGCAGCAUUCUCCUGCCCCAAUUAAUUUCCAGCCUUACAAUGAUGUCCCUCAUCGGCUUCCACGUGUUCGUGGCAAAAACAAUCGACUUGAGUAAGCCACCAAAAGCGAUUUUCAUCACCGUUUUCUUCGAGAGCCUCCUGUGUCAAUUAUUCGCCUUCUGCUGGAGUGGUGACUGCAUCAUCGAGGAGAGUGAUAAGACCAGCACAUCACUGUACCAGUCAUGCUGGUAUCGAGGGAAUCGUUCAUUUCGAACGAACGUCAAGGUAUUCUCUUCACUCGUGGAAAAUCCUAUGGUGGUCAGCGCUGUCGGCCUCUUCGAUCUCUCGGUUAUUACGUACAAGAACAUAAUAAUUAAGUCAUACUCUGCAAUGACGGUCUUGAAGAAGGCUUACAAAUGAAAGGAAAUAUUAUACACUGAAUAUACAUCAGGUGCAAUCAAUGUUGAAUCAUAUACAAUACGUAAAGAUUAUGUUGCCAUUCACAAUCGCAAUCGUGGUAACGAAAUAGCACAGAUGCAUCCACGAUCGCAUGAUGAAUCGCCUAAUGACACCCACCAUGAACACACAGAUGCAUAAUUUUUUACUUUACAAAAUGCUGACAUUCUCAGGGACAGGAGAAUGAAAGUGUCUAUGGCAUCUGUAUUUUUAAUUCCCAUCAGGGAGGAAUCCCAGGGAGUAUUUGAGAUAUUCAUCAGGACAUUCUGACAGGUUGAAAUUGGUUGCUGUGUCCAAGAAAAAUUGCAGAUCAAUUUUCAAUCUUCGCAGGUGAAUAAUUCAAGAGAAAUUAUAAUUCAUGCGCUAAUAAAAUCCCAUUUAAUGAGUUAAUCCUGACAUCAACGGAAUUGUGACGUAAUUUUCUGUCAAUUUGUGAUUCUUUUUUAUAAUUUUCAUCGAAUAAACAUAAUAAGAAAAUGUCUGUCCUUUUAU